AUGGCAGCGGUGGAUCUGACGCGGCGACGGUGCAGGAGGUUGCGGGCAAGCAGGUUUUCGGCUAGAUCCGGCGGGCCGGGGGCCCGGCUGGUGGCGCAGGACGGGGGCCGGGGCUCGUCAUGGUCGCGGCAUCGGAAGGGGGCGGUUGUGGUUGCUGGCCUGCUCCUCGGAUCUGGCUCAUGGCCGUCGGCGGGUGGCUCGGAGCAGUCCCUCGAGGUCCCGGCGUGGAUGUGGGCUGCCACGGCGUGGUGGUGGCUCAUGGCGGUGGUCGGUGUCAUUUCACGGCAGUGGCUGGACUUCUCCGGCGUCAGCCGGUCGGAGGCCUCAAGUCAGAAGAUGAAGAAGAGGAGGAGAAAGUUAGACCCAAGUCACAAGUAGCUCCAGAUGACGCACCCAGACGUCGCCCUCUCCUUGUUGAUGAGAAUGCACUAACGUCUGAUGAAGCCAUGUGGGCCUUCUAUGAGCACUGGUGCAAGUUUCAUGGCAUAUCAUGUGACCGUUCUGAGAUGGAACGCCGGUUCAAGACAUUUAGUGAUACCGCAAGGCUUGUGCACAAGGUGAACAAUUCUCUUGUGCAUGGCGAGUUGGCGAUGAGCAAAUUUGCAGAUCGGACCAAGAAGGAGAUGUCUCGUCCUAGCCUAGGAUCUAGGCGCACAAAAAAAAUGAUCUCAUCCCUUUAUGAUGUACUCUUGUGUGACCCUUAAGCCACAAGUUAUGCUUCUCUUGUGAUCCAAGACAUGCCUCUAAUUUCUAGCAGUAAUGUGUGUCUCAUUUUAGCUUUGGUAUAAGCCUGUAUCUGCGUGUAUAUUGGACAAGAGUAUCUUUCGCUUUGUUGUAUGAGCUCAUUUAGCUUUAAUAAAUGCUA